CCGGGCCGGCGGGCGAUGUCGGCUGCAGCGGACGCGGCCCGGGCGGCCGGAGGCGCCGGGCCGGUCAACUCCUCCUGGGUUCCCGCGGCUGGGCCGGCGCCGGGCCCGGCUCCCCCGCGCCUCUGCUGGGCCGCGCUGCUCGCCUGCCUCAGCCUGGCCUGCGCCUACGUGGGCAGCCUCUACGUGUGGAACGCCACCUGCCGAGACCACCCGGCUGUGAUCAAGCGGCGAUUCACCAGUGUUCUGAUCGUCGCCGGCCUCUCGCCACUCUUCGUCUGGCUCUGGAAAGAGCUGACAGGCAUUAAGCCAGGUAUAUCCCUGCUAGUUCUGCUGGGCUUCCGACUGGAGGGAAUUGUGCCAGCGACUCUACUGCCCUUGUUGCUCACCAUGGUCCUGUUUCUUGGGCCCCUCAUUCAGCUCUCGAUGGACUGUCCCUGGGACUGGGUUGAUGGACUGAAGGUCAUGUUCGACCCCCGCUUCUGGGUGCUGUGCCUGAGUGACAUGCGCUGGCUCCGCAACCAGGUGAUCGCACCCCUGACGGAGGAGCUGGUGUUCCGGGCUUGUAUGCUGCCCAUGCUCAUCCCUUGCACUGGCCUGGGGCGAGCCAUCUUCACCUGCCCGCUCUUCUUCGGAGUUGCUCACUUCCACCACGUUAUUGAGCAGCUACGGUUCCGCCAGAGCAGCGUGGGCAGCAUCUUCUUGUCGGCAGCUUUCCAGUUCUCAUACACAGCUGUCUUUGGGGCCUACACAGCAUUCAUCUUCAUUAGGACAGGACACCUGAUUGGCCCUGUGUUGUGCCACUCCUUCUGUAACUACAUUGGCUUCCCUGCCAUCUGUGCUGCCCUGGAGCAUCCCCAGCGCCUCACUGUUGUCAUCUCCUAUGUACUGGGCAUGGUGCUCUUCCUCCUGCUCCUGCACCCCAUGACUGACCCAGCUUUCUUUGGAGACAUCCCUGUUUGCUCUCUGUCUGCAACCAGUUCUGGCUUCUCUGUGUGCUCCUGACACCUGGGGCACGGGUUUCAGACCCGACCGCCCCCUUCCCCACCCGAGAGCAAGAGAUAUAUUUUUUUAUUAUUAAAGUACUUUGGAAGGUGUG